CAUAGAGAAAUGAAAACGGGAUGAGUGUGAAUCACCAAUUUGUUAUCUGGGAAAGUUUAGAAACCAUAACCAAAAAGUCUUGUGGCGAUACCAAAAAGGAAAAAACAAUCAAGUAAUACUUCUUUUGAAUAAGUAUAACCAAAGUCAAGAUAAUUAUUAUUAAAUCGAAAUGUUAUUGUCAUAUCACUUAUCAAUAUCUUUAUGCUAAUCAAUCGAUCAAAAGUGAAGUUGUUGUGUAUCAAAUUUAAUCAAGUUGAGUGGCCGGUGUAUUUGAAGGAUUAAAUCAUGGAAAACUUCAAGUGCAGAGUUAGUUCUGUACAGAACCGUGCAUUAAAAAUGUAUGGAUCAAGAUUUAUGUUUGAUGUCAAUGAGGAAACAUGCUGGAGUUCCGAUCAGGGAAGUCCUCAGUGGGUGGAGUUGCAAUCCAAAGAUGGUGAGAGGAAGAUUUCGUCGUUCAGUAUCCAAUUCCAGGGAGGUUUCGCGGGCAAAGACUGUUUUUUCGAAGUGAAAUCGAGUAAUUCGCUCGAUAUCAUUUCAACGCCUUUCUAUCCUGACGAUGUUAAUACACUUCAGCAUUUCUCCUUGCAAACACCGGUCACUGGAAACACUUUUAUAUUCAAAUUCACAACCAGCACCGAUUUUUUCGGAAGAAUUGUAAUUUAUAAAUUGGUUGUAAACGAAUGAGUUUGGUGCAAUUGUACACUUUCGAUGUAAAUUUUAUACCUUUUUUACAAAUACCUUUUUAAGUCUCUUUAAUUGUUAGAUUUUAUUUUAAAAACAUAAAAUACAGAAAAUAAAUUGGUAUUUGUCAUGUAA